AUCAUAAUGGACUUAUCUCCAACAACAACUGAUGAUCUUCCUACUGAUUGUUCAACAAGUAAAGUGGAAAUUUCAUCAACUACACAAAAUAAUAACUCAACAAUGUUGGAACCACCGUUUUAUUGUUUCGAAACCAACUACGAAACCUUCCGAGAACACUUGAAUGGUACUUAUCAUUUAACAGGAGAUCAGGAUCUCAUAACUUACACAGGAUUACAUGACACAUUGACCCAUUUUAGAAAUACUAGAAUCAACGAAUCAUUAUCUUCAUACUUAAGUAAUAUUUUGGAAGUAGCUGAAACCACAACUGUGAGUAUUUUCUUGUAA